GUCUUCGCUACUCCAAGAGCCGUUGUUGUUCCACUACUACUUCUAAACUUUACAAAACAAACUUUGCAAACUUUAUUGUACGAUGAACGCAAGCGACUUUACGAGGACGUUAGCGGACAAGGCCCGUGUACCGGAGGAUGGGCUGGGGUCUCGCGGGGAGGGGGUGGACUCUGCCCCGAACGGCGGCAAGAGCUUCACGGUGAGUCAUCUGCUGGACCUGGAGGACGCCGGGGCAGCGGCGAUGGACCCGUCGGGGGAGGGAGGCUACUGCGCCGUAGACAAGCUGGGGGAUGGCUCGGUGGAUCCGGAGGGGAGGGACACUGGGAGCGACUCGGGCAGGAAGGACGACGACAGAGACUCUGAGGCGAAGAAGAAGAAGAGGAAACAGCGCAGAAACAGAACGACGUUCACCAGUCAGCAGCUACAGGCUCUGGAGAAGGUGUUCGAGCGGACACACUACCCGGACGCCUUCGUACGGGAGGAGCUGGCCAGGAGAGUCAACCUUAGCGAGGCGAGAGUACAGGUGUGGUUCCAGAACCGGAGAGCGAAGUUCCGGCGGAACGAGCGGACCCUGCUUCAGACUCGCAACGGGCUGCUCAGGCAGGUCCACCCCGAGGGCGUCUCCAUCGAGCAGCCGAUCGCUCCCCGACCAACGCCGAUCGCUCCCGAUUACCUCAGCAGCUGGUCGUCACCGACGUCGCCGUACAACCCGAUCGUGUCUCACGCCAGCGUCGUGCCGUCCACCUGUUCCAUCACACCUGGUCAGAACGUGCACGUCGGCUCCAGCAUCGCCAACCUGCGCCUGCGUGCAAAGGAAUACAGCCUGCAGCACGGCUCCAUCACCGCUUGAGGGCGCUGCUGCAAUAACAACCGUAGUUUUUACGUCAUAGCUUUUAGAAAAUGACAACCGACGAUUUUAAACUUGUCAAGCUCUAAGGUAUUAAAAAUAAUGUAAUAUGCGUAAGAGUUAAACUUUGUUAAGAACUUUAAGUGGAUAUUUUCAAUGUAAAUUGUUUUAUAUCCUUUAUAGACAUAAGUUGUACAUGUAUGAAAAGCCAACUUGAAGGAAUGUAUGGCUAACUAGGCUAAGUACUAGUAUUUACUAAAUCGGGAGUCCUCAUUGCCAUUAUUGAAGUUGGUCAGAAAAUAAUGAAGACAAAUAUACUACGAUAUUUAGUCUCUGGCCGAAAAUCUGCUCGAAGAUUCGGACUUACUGUGCCUUACGAUUUUUUUAUAUCGAUAAUUAUAACUGCUAAAUUCCCACCUUGUGCUUUAAAGCAUCAUACGGUAGAAUUUUCAUUGGUAGAACCAUUGCCUACAAAUGGGAAUAUUUUUCCCUGAAAAGUGCCUUUCUCAGUCUCGAUUUAAUGAGAGACACGAUCAUGGCAUUCCUCGUUCCAAUUGAGAACGUUAACACAAGUAGUAGACUAGAAUGAGCUCUCUUUGUAUUCAUAGCUGCUGUAAUGUAAAGCCAAGUUUGACAACUCUAACGAACCCGUGUAAGAUGUUUUAAAAUUCAUUUGUAUUUUGAAUAAAAUUUUUGGCUACUUU